AUGACGCUUAGAGUGCCAAUUGUGGACCUCUGGGGGCCUGAUCAACCGUCUAUUCUUCCAUGGACCCCCUUUAACAGCGAACAAGAUGCGAAAGAUCUCCAUGAAACUAUUCAUGGUUUAGGGACCCAAGAUAACAAAAUUAUUAGCAUAUUGGCGAAAAGAACAGUCAGUCAGCGAAAGGAGAUCGCCAGCAGUUAUGAAACCCUAUUCCAAAAUACUUUGGAAGGCGAUUUGGAACGAAGUCUUUCUGGAAACCUUAAAAAUGUUGUUCUGAAUAGUCUGCAGUAUCUUCCUGAAAUGAAAGCAAUCGCCAUUCACAAUGCCUUGAAAGUUGCUGGAACCCUUGAACAGGUUCUUAUCCAAACUCUGGCUGUGGCUACAAAUAAUGAAAUUAAGCAAAUUAAAGAAGCCUACUCGAGAGUUUUUAAUAGUGAUUUGGAAACCGACGUGGGCAAAAAGAUAUAUGGAGAAUUCAAAGCUUUAAUUCUCGUUAUCUUAAAGGCCGAGCGAAACGAAAGUCGUGUUGUUGAUGGUGCCCGAGUAGCAAAUGACGCCUUCAUGAUAAACAAGCUUGGUAGUACGUAA